UAUGGUUCAUCACCCUUCCAUAAACCCUCUCUAACCUCUCUCUCUCUCUCUCUCUCUCUCUCUCUGAAGCAGCCAUGGAUUCCUCCAAGUUCCAUGCCCUCUCCCUCAUCCUCAUGAUCUGCCUCUCCUCGGCCGCCCCAAUUCUCGGCUGUGGCUCGUGCGGCAAGCCCACCCCGAAGCACAAGAAGCCUAGCCACAAGCACCACCCCAAGGGGCCCAUCGUUGUCGACCCACCCAUCGUCAAGCCGCCCAUCACAUUGCCGCCGGUCACAUUGCCGCCCAUCAUCAAACCGCCUGUGACCCUCCCACCGAUCAUCAAGCCUCCCAUCACCCUACCCCCGAUUGUUAAGCCGCCCGUCACCGUACCCCCCAUCACCGUGCCUCCCGUCACCGUCCCUCCCGUCAUUCCCAUUAUCAAGCCCCCGGUGGCCAAGCCCUGCCCGCCCCCACCAAUGACCCCGGCGACUUGCCCGAUCGACACGCUCAAGUUGGGGGCUUGUGUGGACUUGCUAGGAGGAUUGGUGCACAUAGGGCUUGGCGACCCGGUGGUGAACGAGUGUUGCCCGGUGCUUCAAGGGCUUGUCGAGCUCGAAGCGGCGGUGUGCUUGUGCACCACCCUCAAGCUCAAGCUCUUGAACCUCAGCAUUUAUGUCCCUCUGGCUCUUCAGCUCCUGGUCACUUGUGGCAAGACUCCUCCUCCUGGUUACACUUGCUCUCUCUAGACCAAAGUUGCUUUUCGCAGGUUGCUGGACACGCGGAUGAAUUCGACAUGAGAGGAUGUCGAACUUCUCUCUCUCUCUCCUUUUCUUGGUUGGUCUUUGAUGGAUGAUGGGUUGUAAUCUUCAGACAUUUGUUCUUGAAUGGUUGUUGGGUGUGUUUCUUUUUCCUAGUUGACUGGUUGAAGCAAGCAAGAUUCAAAUCAGUUCUUUUGUUUAUCAAUUCAUUGUUGUUUUUAUUAUUGGCCAACUAUCAUAUCAAUCGUACCUUGUUGGGUCU